GGUUGAUGACGCAAUCAAAAGGCGACAGAUAAGCGCUGGGCGUAGUGUAAACAAUUCCCCUUGUGCUUGUUUAUCAACAAGGUUUGCUCCGUCAGCAGCUUUUUGGACCGCACCGGGGAGAAGGAAGGUGAUCGGCCAUGCCUCAGCCUCCGGAGGCCGGAGAGGGACAGCAGCAGCAGCAGCUUCCUCUGGUCCGCUCUCUGGUCAGUCAUCUCCCGGCUCAUGUGCUGUUCUGUAACCGCAGCACCCGAACCGUGCAGCUGCUGUGGAUUAAUUUCCGGGGACAACCGGAGUCUUACGGAGUGCUGCAGCCGCGAACGGGCAGGAGGAUGAACACCUUUGUCGGACACCCCUGGAUGUUUCGUGACGCCGAGACAGACGACCAGAUGUUGGUGAAUAAUAAGGAGAUGUAUUUGCCUACUGCGCUGGAAAACGGUCAAGUAUCCGUAGUCAACAUCACACUACCAGUGUUUUCCCUGAGGGAACGCUGUCUGCAGGUGGUACGGAAGCUCGUCCGUAAUGAAGAUUUCCCCCGGUUAGAAAUCGCUCGCAGUCUUCAGGAAGAUCUCGCCCAGAAGCCGAGCAUCGGAUCCGACCUGCGGAGAAUCAGCCAGAGAGUGGAGCAGAGGCUUCUGCAGAACAGAGAGGCACAAAACACUUGAACAUCUCCACCAGCUUUAUUAUUACGGAUAUUCAGUCAUAUUAUUAUUAUUAUAAUCGCUACACCCUCACAAACGUUCGGCCCGGCUGAUUGUAGUAACACAAAACCGGGAAACCGUUUAGACUGCGCUGAUGUUGAUUUUAUAACGGGGUGGAUUUACACCUCUUUAACUGCAGGAAUCUUUUUCAGGGAGUAUUUUUUUAGCUGGAAAGUGGAGGAGGAGGUAAAAGAGACGUAAAAGUUGUGAGACAGAGUGCAGGCAGCAGCGAAAAUACAGUUUAAAAUUUAAAGGUGCGACAUGCGAUUUUGUCCCCCAACUUGUACAAAGAAAGAAAUGUAACAAAAUAAAUAAAGAUUUUAUAUAUAUUUAUAUGAAGUGGUAUAAAAAAAGAACAGAGAUUAGUUUUGUGACACGCCAACAGGUGGCAGCAAAAGGCUGCACGCACAGUCACAGGGAGCACCGACCGUCAUAAGUCCGUGUGCCAAAAGGCAUCGUGUACAUCCAGGUGCUAAUCUGACCACGUGCGUACCCUGUCACGAGCUUCUCGCACGUGAGGGCACUUCCGCACCCACCUUACUCACCAGAUCUGGGUCCUGUGGACUUCAUGAAGAUGAAGUUCCGGCUCAAACGUCGACGUUUUGACACCAUUUCGGAGAUCCGGCGCGAAUCGCAGAAGGCGCUUGAGGGGCUUCGCAGACGUGGCAGGAACGCCGGGAGCACUGUAUUGCUGUGCAAGGGGACUGUUUUGAAGAUGAUGGUAUGGAAAUGUAGACAAAUAAAGAACUUUCCUUUAAA